UUGAUCAAUCUGUCAAUUUUAUAUACUCGCUGCCUUAGACUCUUUGCUAUGUUAGGUAUUUCGACCUCUCAUCUAAAUUAAUUCAUACAUAUUGCCUCAAAAAAGUUAGGCACAGUACAAAAAUAAUAAUGGCUCAAACGGCGGGCGUAAAGCCCAUGACCAUAGCUGGUCGUGUGGCUAUGGAAAGGGAAAGAUGUAUUGGAAUGACUGAUGCAGAAAGGCAGUGGCGAAAGCAAUGGUUAAAAGAUCAAGUUUUGGCUCCUAAUGAACCCGUACAUGUUGAGGAAUACUGGAAGGAACGUACAAAUCCUAUUCGGCGAUUCUACCGUAAACCAUUAGAUUUAUUAUACGACAAGCUAACCCCUGUUUUGGGAAAACAUCGCGCUGCCGAUUAUAGAUACAUCACUGGAAAACUUGGUUUGAUCGCUCUUGGUGUUUUAGCAACACAUUACUAUUUCAAGUAUAGUGGAAAUGACUGGACCAAAAAAGGAGGAUGGAGAGUUUUACAAUCUAAGCCAAUGGUAUUACCCGGACAACCAGGUUUCCCAUUUGUAUCUGAUCGUACAUCUGAUAACGACUAUGCUGAUAGAGGAUUCAAAAAAUCUGCCUUUAAUAAGUAAACAGUGUUGAGUUAACUCGAGGAAUAACUAAUAAUUGUUAGAUCAAUCAUUUUUAGAUAUGAACAUUUAAAUCAAAGUUAUUGCAUAUUAUGUAGAGUGGAUAAUAAAAACAACUUUAUUAA